AUGAGCAACAAUCUUGUAAUUCUUCACCAGCCGUUACUCCUUCAUGGUCGGGAGGCGGAGAGAGGCGUGCAGGAGAGGCUGACUGCAGCCAUCGAGUUGGGAGCGGUGCAGAGGCUCCGAGACCAGACACGGGACCCCGCUCAGCGAGCGCGGCUGGUGAGCGAGACCGGGCCGGGGGCGGCAGCCUGGUUGUCGACCGCCCUGCUGUUUCAGGCACUGACGAUUGAGGAUGAGUGCUUCCGAACGGCUUUGCGGAGGUCCUUUGGGAGGACAGCACUUGUUGCGUUGCGCUCGCGGGACGGUUGCGUGACGGUCGCGGACCCGUUGAGAGACGGGAUGCUUCCGGAGGCCGCGGUUGAGCGCGGGCGGGCAGCACGGGAUGCGGCGCAGGCAAAGACGGUGAAGUACGGCGAUCACCCCGCUGACGACACCUUCAUCCCCCUUGCGGUCCAGACAUACGGGUUUUUGAACUCCUCCUUCGAUGAGUUCCUAGGCACUUGUGCUAGACGUGCAGCAGACCUGGGUGGCCUAGAUUCGGCACCCAUGGCAUCUAGGUUACUGUGCUACUUCCGUCAGCGAGUUUCGGUUAGCCUCCAGCGUAGCCAGGCCCGGGCAGUUCACCAUAGAGCGGCCCGCGCGAUUGAGAGGUCGGUAGGUCUCAGAGCUCAGGUAGUCCAGGACGCCCGAGUUCGCAGUGCAGACUUGCACACUCUGUCUAGGGUAGGAGGAUCCUAG